GAAAAAAAAAAAACCAAAAAAUCUUGCCAUCGGAAUUUCAAAGAUGCCGCGUUCUUUCUUACGCUUCCACCCCUUUGGAGAACAGCCAUAGUGGUAGCCAAGUAAUUUACUUCUUUACUCUUUUCAUUCAUAUUGUAACUUACAAUUUCGUUUUAGCGUUCUCUGAUUUGCAGAUAAACGUAUAAAGUCUUUAUUCACUCUAAUUUUUUACGCUAAAAAUGUCAAACGAAUCAUAUCAUUAUACUGAGAGAGAGUGUGUCUGAUACCAAAUAUUGCAAAAUGCCCAAUGCUUCAUGUGUUUGUGUGUGCGAGUCUAUGUGUGUCUGUAUGUCUUCAAACUUGGAAAUACAGUCUUGGUUGGAUUGCCCAUUGUCCUAUCAUCACGAGAACAACAAGGCGCUCAUUUGCCCAUGCCUAUGUUUACCCUUCUUUCUCAAUUAGAAUGGUGAUAAGAUUCGGGCAGCGAGCUUUCAAUAAAUCGCUCUAUUCCCAAAUGCACGCUCGAAGCGAACAAUAAACCCACAUGAAAAAGCGGGCUACUCCCUAUUUGUCAUGAUCUAGGACGUUAUUGAAGGCUUCCAUGGUACAAAUUCAACGAGAAGAUGUUGGUAAUCAGAUAAGGAGCCUCCAGCCGAAUAAACGAAUGCCAUCAUUAUGCUCUGCGAAUCGAUCUUUUGGGUGGAGAAUAAUUUCAGAAGACUACGAAAAGUGAGCAAGAAAAAGAUCUUAUAAUUACAAAUGGACCAUCAUGGCUCAAACUGCUACGAAUAUCUGAUUUAGGCAUGCAAAAGCUAUACGGUCUG